UAUUAACGAGUUUAUAACUAUUAUUUUGUAAUGAAGAGGAAGAGGAGAAAGGAAUUGAUAUAACUUUUUUAGGUGUUACUGAUAAGGAAUAUGCCUUAUUACGACAUACGCUAACAGAAGGGUAAUUUAUUUAAGUACUAAAUGUUAUAAACAAUAUGUGUUCACACUUUUGUUAAACAAAAAACCCACUCAAAAGCGACCCUAGCCAAGGUACUUCCUGCAUCGGUACUUCUCUCUGCGGAACACGUUUUCACUCGCCCGGACAGAGAGUGCAGUGGAAAAUAUGCAACAAGACCGAAAAGAGACGCUAAAAUGAAAAUGAAUUUGGCUUAAAAUGAAAACGAAAACGUAAACUUAGCUACGUGCUCAGAACGGAAGAAAAAAACGAAUCGCAGCAACCGGAGAAAGCUGAGAAGAAUCUGUCAAAGUGCAGAACACAUUAAAAUCAGAACAUUCUGUCGACGAAGCUUGUGCAGAUCGGAACAAACGGAAAAUUGAAGCUCUAAAAUUACAGCAGAAUACUAUUUGGAAUACAGUUUUCAAUUUAUAUUUUAAUGAAUGUAUUCAAAAUGCAUUCAAUACGGAGCUGGAUGAAACUAUGGCUGCUUUUGAUUUUGUUGGUUAGCCUCUCGAUGGCUCUUCCGAGCUUGGAGAAUCAUACAAGAGGACAGAUUGAAGAGGUAGUCGCUUGUAAACAACCCAAGGCACCUGGCCUCUGCCGAGGACGUCAAUUGCGUUAUGCCUUUAACAAGGACACUGGAAACUGUGAGAGCUUCUACUACACCGGCUGUGCCUCCACUGAGAACAAUUUUCUGACCUACGAGGAGUGUCGACGUGACUGUAUGCAGCGUCUACGCUAUUGAUUGAAGGAAAAUCUAUACAAAUUCUUAAUUUAACUAUUAACUUAAUGCAUAUA